GCGGUGAUCCUAUUGGUCCUUAUUGCUAUAGAGAUAUGACUCCGAUUUCCACAUUCUCUAAUGCACAAAUCUAGUGCGAACUGCGAAGGUAGAACACCAGUUGGCGUGUAGGAGGUAGCGAAUUAUGAAAUGCAUUCUUGAACAUGGAGGUCGAAUGUAGGAUUACUUUCCUAUUGUUCCAAAUGUUCUUUUCAUAUUUCAGCCUCGGCAGGUUAAGUUAAACUUACGCUACAUGACGCGGGCGAAUAAUGGUGAAACGCAAUACGAAAUGGGGCAAUUAAAACUCAAAAAUAUUUACGUCUAACGCAAAAGGAAACCGCAUUAUUUUUAAGAACAGGAUUUCAAGAAAUGGUCCAAUUAGUGAACUGACAGGAUUGUGAUACCUUCGUCUUGGGAGCCCGCUAGAACUUCUCUGGGCAAAUAAUACAACGAAAAAACGCAGACACAGCACAAAUACUGAAGGAUCGUUAACAUAAACAUUUGAUAAGAGUGUCGGGGACAUAUUUAAAUUGUUUUUCUCCAAUGCGAUGACAUGUUUUUAAACCCUAUUCCGUUUACCGGGCUGUGAUGAAGUUUGUGACUCUAGGCUACAUGUCUCAAUAACGCGCAGGGGGGUAACGGAACGCUUUCUGCACUUUUCACGAUAGUUGCGGCAUUAAUGCUGCAAGCCCUCACAAGAUGAAACACAACAGAUAACUUUUGCACAGUGGAUUCUAGGACCCUUUCAACUAGAAUUAGAGGUCGCACUUCUUUGGGGACUUCACCAAGUUUUUAAUUGUUAUUAAUUGUUUUCUCAAUUAAAAUAAUGUAUUUGGCCAUUGAAUAGACUAGUGUCGAUUAACAGGAUGGACAAAUAAUUUAGCGGAGCUAAUUAUACAGGAGACAUGUUCUAUUCACCUGAUUUCUCGGUUUUUUCCUCUCCUCGAGUUGAAUAAAUCUGGUGGCUCUUAUGGGAAUGAAACACUCCUCCCGCUGCAUGCUCCUACGGAGAAAAAUGGCGGAGGCCGAGAACCCAGAGGCACGGGAGACACAAUGCAGAGAGCCUGGAAGACAAAACAUGGUGCCGAGUGGGACAGGACAUGGUGACACGUCUUUGAAAUUGACCAAUCAGGAGCCCCCCAUCCGUAUUGUCCCUUCCCAGUCUGUACAACCCUCCUCCCGGUCCAAACCCAUACCCUCAGUCAACCAUGUGCCCCUCCUGCCCCACACACCCCAUCCAGGGGGCCCUUCCAGCUGUCCCGGUCGGGGAAAGAUGGCUAAGCUCCUAAACCCUGAGGAGAUGACGUCCCGCGACUAUUACUUUGACUCGUAUGCUCACUUUGGCAUCCAUGAGGAGAUGCUGAAGGAUGAGGUGAGGACACUGACCUACAGGAAUGCCAUGUACCACAACAAGCACAUCUUUAAGGACAAGGUGGUCCUGGAUGUGGGCAGCGGCACGGGCAUCCUCUCCAUGUUUGCAGCUAAAGCAGGAGCCAAACACGUGUACGGGAUUGAAUGCUCCAGCAUUUCUGAAUACUCAGAGAAGAUUAUAAAGUCCAACCACCUGGACGGUGUCAUCACCAUCUUUAAGGGGAAGGUGGAGGAGGUGGAGCUUCCGGUGGAGCGGGUGGAUAUCAUCAUCUCAGAGUGGAUGGGCUACUGCCUUUUCUACGAGUCCAUGCUCAACACCGUCAUCUUCGCCAGAGACAAAUGGCUGAAACCCGGAGGCCUGAUGUUUCCAGACCGAGCUGCUCUCUAUGUGGUCGCUAUUGAGGAUCGACAGUACAAGGACUUUAAAAUCCACUGGUGGGAGAAUGUGUACGGCUUUGACAUGACCUGCAUCCGUAAUGUGGCCAUGAAGGAGCCUCUGGUGGACAUUGUGGACCCAAAGCAGGUGGUGACCAACUCCUGCCUGAUAAAGGAAGUGGAUAUCUACACCGUGAAGAUAGAGGACCUGUCCUUCACCUCGGCGUUCUGUCUCCAGAUUCACCGUAAUGACUAUGUGCACGCCCUGGUCACCUACUUCAACAUCGAGUUCACCAAGUGUCACAAGAAAACUGGCUUCUCCACAGCCCCUGAUGCUCCUUACACACACUGGAAGCAGACAGUGUUUUACCUGGAGGAUUACCUGACCGUCCGCAGGGGGGAGGAGAUCAUCGGCAGCAUCGCUGUCAAGCCCAACGAGAACAACAACCGGGAUCUGGACUUCACCUUGGAGCUGGACUUCAAAGGGCAGCUGUGUGAGGCCGCCAUCUCCCACGAGUACAAGAUGCGCUAGGCCCCCUGCUGCCAGGGUGCUACGGUGCCAGGGGGAGUCCUGAGCCCCGCAGAGCAGCAGACACCUUCAUCACAGUGGUGCUGACCAAUCACAUACCAGGAUGCGGGAGGAGUCUUCCGUGCAGGCCGUCCAAUCGCAAGCCGACACCAGCCACUCAGAGAAUCACUCAGAGAGGAACUACAGGAUGCAACACUUUCAAGUUUCAAGAACAUUCUUUUUCAGUGUGAAUGUUAUUAGUGGUAAUUAUACAUCAUUGUUUAAGGAAUGAUAUCAAGGUGGAUUUGUUUGCUUGUGCUAUUGAUUUCAGGCUAUGCUGAGUGGUGUAGGUCUUGCAGAAUAAUGAGAACAGAAGACACUCUUUCUCACACUUCUUUAUAUUUUAAAAACGAGCUUUCACAUGAGCUCUUACACCAGGAUUAUGUUAUGAGACUGUUUUAGGGAAUAUUUACUGCAGUAAAUGUACAGAACCAGAGAGAAUUUAUGUCAUAAUGAAAGGAACCAUUUGCAGUAUUGACUAAUAAGUUAUUUUUUUCAUAUUUAUAUUUAUUUGCAUGUUUAGCCAUUUAGCCAGUCAAAUCAUGAUUUGUCAAUAUUUAUUGUACCAUUUAGGGUAUUAACAUGUAUAUUUUUCAGAAAAUCGACAAGGCUGUAAGAUUUGAAACAGCCGUUUUUAAAAGUCAGUGCUGCAGGGUUCUCAUAGCUCUUAUUUUGUUAACUUCUGCAUUUAGGGAUUGGGGGUUAGGGCUGGGUGAAUUAUGUAAAUUCACUGACGUGAAGUGUGAGUGGUGGUGUGUUUACUGUAGGACUUAGGAUGUUUUUGUGCAAUAAUAACAGAUAUGGAGGGGGGGUGUUGCUUGUUGGCAUGUGCAGUAUGGUACUUAGUGUGUUUCAGGGGAAAAGCAGAGCCCCUGGACAUCCAGGCUUUAAGGUGAGAACUGUUUGUUCAGGUGAACACUGCUUGCUCAGGUGAGAGCAAUUUGUUCAGGUGAACACUGCUUGCUCAGGUGAGAGCAGUUUGUUCAGGUGAACACUGCUUGCUCAGGUGAGAGCAGUUUGUUCAGGUGAACACUGCUUGCUCAGGUGAGAGCAGUUUGUUCAGGUGAACACUGCUUGCUCAGGUGAGAGCAGUUUGUUCAGGUGAACACUGCUUGCUCAUGUGAGAGCAGUUUGUUCAGGUGAACACAGUUUGUUCAGGUGAACACUGCUUGCUCAGGUGAGAGCAGUUUGUUCAGUUGAACUCUGCUUGCUCAGGUGAAA